AUGGAACAAUUUAGACGUGGAUUGCUGACUGCUCUGCCAACAGAAUUAAAGGAGACCCAUUUGGGCCCUCUGACGAGCACCUUCUCACGAUCGCCUUCGACCUCGACCAUCACACCAGACAAGGAUGAGAAGGCGCCGAGUAUCUCGGGGACCUCUACUCCCACGACUGACAACAACAUUGAAGCCCUCACCCAAGCCCCGGUGGUCAAGACACCAAAGCCUGGCAUCCUCGUCGUAACCCUCCACGAAGGCCAAGGCUUCUCCCUCCCCGAGCAGCACCGCAAUUCGUUCAACCCCCAACAUCCACAGAGCUCACUGUCCACUGGCAAUGCCUUGAACAUGGCCGGCUCCAUGCGACCCAACUCCUCCCAACGAUCGUCUGCCCCCUUCAUGAACGGCGGGGCUCGACCACAGACCUCGGGAGGCGGCUUCAACGGAAUCCCCACUAAUCACGGCCGUAUUUCUGGCAAGUACAUGCCGUAUGCUUUGUUGGAUUUCGAUAAGGUGCAGGUGUUUGUGAACUCCGUGGAAGGCAAUCCCGAGAAUCCGCUGUGGGCUGGCUCAAAUACGCAGUACAAGUUCGAUGUGUCCCGCGUCACCGAGCUGGCUGUUCACCUUUACAUCCGAAAUCCGAGUGCCCCGCCAGGAUCUGGCCGGAGCCAGGAUAUUUUCCUUGGUGUCGUACGGAUCAAUCCUCGAUUUGAGGAGAAACACGCCUUUGUGGAGGACCCGAAGGCGAAUAAGAAGGAGAGAGAGAAGGCAGCUGCUGAGUUUGCCAGCCGGGAGCGAGCACUGGGACACAGUGGAGUUGAGUGGGCAGACGUACAGUACGGUACUGGAAAGCUCAAGAUUGGCGUUGAAUACGUGGAGAACAGGGCGGGCAAGCUGAAAAUCGAAGACUUCGAACUGCUCAAGGUUGUCGGCAAAGGCAGCUUCGGCAAGGUCAUGCAAGUUCGCAAGAAGGAUACCAGCCGAAUCUACGCCCUCAAGACGAUCCGAAAGGCUCACAUCAUCUCCCGCUCUGAAGUCGCCCAUACACUGGCCGAGCGAUCUGUCUUGGCCCAAAUCAACAAUCCCUUUAUUGUACCUCUGAAGUUCACCUUUCAAUCCCCGGAGAAGCUCUACUUUGUGCUAGCCUUCGUCAACGGUGGCGAGCUAUUCCACCACCUGCAAAAGGAACAGCGCUUCGACGUUAAUAGGUCGAGGUUCUACACUGCAGAACUGCUGUGCGCGCUCGAGUGCCUACACGGUUUCAAUGUCAUCUAUCGAGACUUGAAGCCAGAGAACAUCCUGCUGGAUUACCAAGGGCACAUUGCUCUCUGCGAUUUCGGCCUCUGCAAGCUUGACAUGAAGGAUGAGGAUAGGACGAACACGUUUUGCGGCACCCCCGAGUACCUAGCACCCGAACUCUUGAUGGGACAGGGAUACAACAAGACGGUGGAUUGGUGGACUCUAGGUGUUUUGCUCUAUGAGAUGCUUACGGGCUUGCCGCCGUUCUACGACGAGAACACGAACGAGAUGUACAGAAAGAUCCUGUCCGAGCCGUUGCACUUCCCUGGCCAUGAUGUGGUUCCUCCUGCAGCCAAGGAUCUUCUCACGAAGCUGCUGAACCGCAACCCGGCAGAACGACUGGGUGCGAAUGGAUCGGCUGAGAUCAAGGCUCACCCGUUCUUCCAUGCCAUUGAUUGGCGAAAGCUACUCCAGCGCAAGUACGAGCCGGCUUUCAAGCCCAGUGUAGUUGAUGCCCUCGAUACAGCCAAUUUCGACCCCGAAUUCACCUCCGAAGCGCCUCAAGAUUCCUACGUCGAGGGCCCUGUUCUAUCGCAGACCAUGCAGAAUCAGUUCCAGGGUUUUAGCUACAACAGGCCCAUUGCGGGACUGAACGAUGCAGGCGGUAGUGUGAAGGAUCCUUCCUUUGUGGGCAGCAUUCAAGACAGAUAA